GACUGUUAUGGAUUUGGGUGGGCAAUGUGCAUACUACGCCUGUCACCAGGUUUAUCUUAGCAGAAUGGCUUUUUACCUGCUUGUUAUAGACUUAUCUAAAACUUUCUGUGAAAGAGUGGACCUGUCUGUGUGUGAGCAGGAAGGAACUAUGUUUGCUGACUGGACAUAUGGAGAUUACCUCCUGUUCUGGCUGAGAUCCAUCCAUACCUACUGUGACAAUGAUUCUCCAGUCAUCAUUGUUGGAACUCAUCUAGACAAAAACAGAAAACAUAACUCUAACACACUGUACAACAGCAUACUGGAUCAUAUAAAGUACAACAAGCAUCUUAAAAGACAUUUGGAUAGAGAGAGGUGUUUCGUCCUCGGCUUUGAAAGUAACGAUGUGUCUAUUCCUGACGCUCUUUCUGAACUUGAAACGUGUAUGGCUUUAAUAGCAGGUGAUGCUAGAUGGAAAGAAACCAUUCCUACAGAAUGGAUACGGUGUGAAGUUGUUUUUAGAGAACUAAGGAAAACAAAAACGAGAAUGUGUUCAGUCACAGAAUUGUCGAAAAAAUGUUUUGGUGAAAACAAAGAGAAAUACUCACAACUAGGGGAUGUUUUAAAAUUGUUCAACGAUAUAGGUGUUGUGCUGUUUUUUAAGGAAGGUAUUCUCUCUGAGACUGUUAUAAUUGACAUACAGUGGUUUGUUGAUUCCUUUAAGAACAUCAUUGCGGAUCCAAACCAUGUCAGAGAUAUUGUGGAAAUCCACCAGGAUUGGUUGGAUUUUUACAGACCGGACAUAUUUUAGACAGCCUUUUGACCAGUAUUUGGAGCAGCAAGCAUUUCGAUAUUGAUACUAGUCUCCUUAGCAGGCAUAAGGAAAAAGCCAAUCUUCUCCAAUACAUGCAGCGUCUUGGUCUGAUUGCUGUUAGUACAGACAGACACUAUAUUCCAUGUAUGAACAAGCGCACGUUUGGAAGGGCAGAAGAGGUGUACUUUCAAUCAUUGAAACAUAAAACGUCGGUACUCGUGUUCAGAUUUAAUUUUUUGCCAUAUUUCUUCUACUUUCGUUUGGUCGUAGCUUGUUUGCAAAUACGUAAUAGAGGAUGGACGCUUUCAGAAAACAAUGGACUUUGUUUGUACAAAAAUGUGGCUUGCUUUGAGUAUAAAGAACAUACAGUUGUAUUAGUAGUAAUCAAGUCUUCCAUUCAGCUUCAGGUUUUUCAACCCAGAAAAACGCCCAUCACAAAGAGUGUUACGCUGGAAGUCCGCGAUACUAUUGAACACCAUUUAAAAGAUAUCCUCAGUAACUAUCACAAAGCUAUUGAAAUGUUUACUGAUGGGUAUCAGUGUUCGGAACAGGACGUUUUUCAUGAGUAUGAUAGUAAUUUUGUUGAGGAAACACAAAUUUACAAGAAAAAGGAAAUCAAGUGUCCUAAACAUGGUUUGGUCCAUCAUCACAUCCUCUGUGAA